UUAUAUUAUUUUGGGUGUAGAGUUGAAUUAGAGCAGUAAGAAACGCAACAUUUUCUGCUAAUUGCCUAGGGUUUUAAAGGGUUUCUCUCUCUACUACUGCCACCACCACCACUAGAGCACUAGUAUAAUCUGAACAAGACAAGCCAUGGAUAGAUACACCCGAGUCGAAAAGCCAAAGCCCGAGUCUCCCAUAAACGAGAAUGAGAUCCGUAUCACUUCCGGUGGCCCCCUCCGUAACUAUAUCAGCUAUGGCACUUCUCUUCUCCAGGAGAAACAUGUUAAGGAGAUUGUCUUGAAAGCCAUGGGACAGGCAAUCAGCAAGACAGUAUCUGUUGCAGAAGGUAUAAAGCGGAGAAAUCCUCGUUUGCACCAAGAUACUACCAUCAGCUCAGUGAGCAUAACUGAUGUUUGGGAACCAUUAGAAGAGGGCCUUGUACCUGUGGAACAGACGCGCCAGGUCUCAAUGAUUACGAUCACCUUAUCUUUUAGGGAGCUAAACAAAAUGUCUCCUGGGUACCAAGUUCCACACUCCAUGAAACAACCAAAGCAGCAAGAUCAGCAGCAGCACCACCAGCAGCAGCAGCAGCAGCAGCAGCAACCUAGACAAGCACGUGGUUCCUACAAUGCUGUUCCUGAAGAUUCAUAUGGCCGAGGUGAUUCGUAUGGCCGAGGUGAUUCAUAUGGCCGAGGUGAUUCGUAUGGCCGAGGUGAUUCAUAUGGCCGAGGACGUGGUAGAGGGAGAGGACGGAACUGGGGCCGGGGUGGAUAUGGAUACGGAAACAAUCAGGGUAACUACUACCAAGGAAGCUAUCGGGGAAAUUAUCACGGGAACUAUCAGGGAAACUAUCAAGAUAAUGGUGGUUACUCAAAUCAGGGCCGUGGUGGGGGUCGGGGCAGGAAUUGGGGUUAUCGUGGAACUGGAUAUGAAAGAGGCAGAGGUGGAGGGGGCAGAGGCUAUGGCCAAGGUCGUGGAAGGAUGGCCAAUCACUCAAGGGGCGGCGGAGGUGGCAAUGGCAACAGCAACGGCAACGGCAACCAAGCUUAAAAAGAGAAUGGUGUUCUCUCCUUUUGCUUCAGCGAAAUGCUUGCCUAGGCCAGUGGGCUGGAUUUUAAUCCCAAUACUUGUGUUAAUGGCGUGAAAUGUGGCUUGCGAUCUCAGGCAGUUGUUUUGAAUUUUCUCUAUCAUAUGAUUUGGGCGAGGUUGUCCGUUUGGUUUUUGCAUUUAGCCAUGAGCAAGAGGAGUUUUAUUAUAAUGCUGUAAUUAUUUUGCCCUUGUGGUUACCCUGUUCAUAUUAUCUUAUUAUAUUUCUUUAUUCCUUUCCAA